AGAACGGAACGCGCCAUACAAGUCUGCCGGCCGGGCUUAAACCCUCGCCGGGGUUCGCUAGUCCACUGCGCGCCGCCGCCGAGCCCCCACGCCGCGCCGCGACCCGUACACAAAACCACAAAAAUACAACCAACAACAAAAAAACCAGUGUUAACAGUGCCACAAAUGUGUAAAAAUCACACUCUAGUGUAAGUGACGAGCUUUGGACGAAGCGGGGCUUUCAAACCCCCACGCAUGGAUGACAUGAAACAAUAUUUCGUACACCGAUAUAUAAAAUCGUUCUUUAAUCGUAAAACAAAAGUGAUAUAGAAGUAUCAAACAUAAAGUUUAAAGUGUUACCAGUUUUCAAAAGUGUUCGAUUUUCGAAGUGCCCAGUGUCCCGCUAGUGAUGUGACCGGCGAUGACAGUUGCGUGUCCAAGAUGGCGGGUCGGCACAAGCCCACGGUCAGGCACUUCCACAACCAGCCGGAACUGCGGCGGGGCGGCAGCCUGGGUCUGAUGCUGAGAUGGAUCCUGCUGGUGUGCCUGGCGAGCUGCGGGCCUUUGGGGAACACCGUGAAACAAGAUGGCUGCGUCUUCCCCGUACGCUGGCAUGGUCGCUGGUUCCAAUCCGGCGUCAUCCAACCCAUCUCCAUCGAGGGGGACCGGCUCUCCAACAAGGGGCGGUGCCUCUCGUCUGAGGGGGACAAGUUCCUCAUCGUCGAUGAGAAGGGGUGCUAUCGAUGUGUGGUCAUGCACGAAAAACAUACAAACGUUCUGCAAUAUAAAGAAACGUUCUGCCACCGUCGAGACGCAUUACCCCACCUCUGCUCCCUCAUCACCGGAGACGCUCUCCUCUACUCCAUGUUCAGAGAGAACGCGGAUCCUGUCGACUGCCCGCUGAAAGGCCCCUUCUCCUUCACGUAUAACAGAGGGCAUGGAGACUGCAAGAUCCCCGUGUCAUCCAUCGAGAGCUGUACAGAAGAUUCCCGUCUCCUGCUCAACUACCAGGCGUGUCCUGAUAUUUCUGCGUCAGAAAGUACAGUGGAAGAGCUAGAAUGCCUAGCAACAUGGAAAGAGGGCAGCCUUCGAUUCCUCGUCGGCAAGCUUCACCACAACCACGCCACCAGCAACGAGGACCGAUACCGAUGCUUCGUCUACGAGAAGACUAAUGGUAUCGCAUCGACAGGCGUGAAGGAAGGCCCAGGCUCCGGCGACGUCGAGUACCGAGUGGCCCAGUCGGGGGACGCGACCUGCAAUGGCCUGUUCAGCGCCACGGAGGGGAGUAGGACCAUGGCUUUGAAGCGAGUAUCAGUCCGCUCCAACUGCCAGUUCCCUAGCUGGAUGACGUUCUCCCACACCUGGCACACCCUCGACUAUAGCAGCAACUACACCUUCUACCAGCGGAACGCCACACUCCGCAUCACCGACAAGUCUGGCGCCGAUAUCAAAGUGUAUUGCGUCAGCGUGAAGGCUAGUUCGCCUAGUGGGAACUCGGUAGCGUUGGUGGCGCAUUGGCAGCAUCACUGCGUAUCCCGAUACGUGUGCGUAGUCCUAUAUCGGCGGGACACAUACAUAGCGGAACUGCAGCGCGGCGCGCCCACCGCGCGCGCCGACGACGCCUGCUCCAACCAUCACUUCAACGCCGUCUCCGAGCCCUACGUCACGCUAGUCGCAAGCAACCCCGAAUCAAAAGAGUGUCCGUAUUCCGGUAAAUACGAGAUACAGAACCGUCACGAGCGAAGCGUUAGAUCUAUAGAACCCAAUAUUAGAAAUGGUAGUAGGCUGUUCAAUUUUAGUAUAAGCAAUAUGUCGAGCGCGCCGAUGCUACGGAGUCGGCGUGAAGUGAAUGACGUCGGGUGUGUGGUCAGCGGCUUUGAUAGGCUGGAGGUGGGGUGUAACUCCGCGAAGAAUAUGGAGUUUUAUUCGAACUGUGAGAAUAAGGAGGUUGUGACAGCGUACACAUGCCACGGCGGCUGGUACGAGAACGGCGCGUCGUUCGUGGUGACGACGCCGCUCACGCGCGACAGCCGCGCCGCGCGCCGCUACUGCUUCGUGUCGCGCGACCACCGCCACGCGCUCACGCUCGCCCGCAGCGCGACCAACUGCGAGCGCGCGCCCGGCGGCAGCGACCAGUUGGUGUUCAACGCGAGGAAUACUGGUGAAUGUCAAGAUCAAACCAACGCCCAGCCCCUCCAAAGGCUACCAUCACCCACCAUCAUCAUCCUGACAGCUGUCAUUCUACACUAUAUCAUACCGAGAUGAUUCUGUCAUGUCUACACCUGUAACAUAGCGUAAUUACAUGUAAGGCUUAGAUAUGACCAAAGUGGAAUAAAAGCUUAGUCAGAGUUUAAAUUUUUGUAGAGUCAGAUCAAGCUCUCUAUCUCUCUAAAUAAUGGCCUCUCCAAUCUUCACCGAUAAUCGCAUGCGAUUUGCACAUCGGCAUUUGGUCGAUCGAUUGUAUUCAGAGAGCCUACCGCGAACCACGUUCGACGCCUUGCCUCUCUAUCGCACUUGCACAUUUGUCUGUAAGUGUGACAGGGAGGCAACACUUCGAACGUGGUUCGCGGUAGGCCCUCUGUGCUCCUACUUACCGGCAAUCAUCUAAAAUCGCGUGCCAUUUAUUGCAACGUCUGUAGAAGCCUUAAGAUUUUUACGUUUGUGACGGUAGAGAGACCAAUAAAUGUCUGCAAAGAUUUUGAUAGCACACCCAGUACAAGUGUUAUUUUAAUCGUCAUCUUUCUAUGAAAUUAUGGCGUUUAAAUAACAUUAACACUACGUGUGCUAUCAAUCGUUGCAAUCUUGGUCUAACUCUAUUUUCACACUCUCUGACAAAAAGGCUGUUCAGAGACGGUUCAGAGGUAGCUUGGUCGUUCGCGGCUUCGCCCGCGAUUCACGCGCAUAGUCUGGAGGGGGCUUAACUUGUAUAAACCUUUAAAAAAAACGUGGCUCAAUCGUUAAGCCAAUGAUGUAAUGCCAUAGAUCCAAUAUGUUUGGAUCCAAUAUGGCCGAAUGACUGUCACUUUUUUUGUUUACAUUCUUUUAAGAUUGUUUUGAAUCUCGGAUUAAAGUUUAUUCUUCAUUGGUCAAAUUACUUAGUGAAAAAAUAGAAAUAGUAGGUAAUUAAGCCAUUUCACGUACUGUAUGCUGUCAAUUUUGUUUUUUGUGCCUGCGAAGUUUUGAUGUAAUUUUUUUUGUACCUCUCGGAUUUUGUAUGUAUAAAUACACAUGUUAAUGAUUAAAGUUGUUUACUAGAAA